AUGAAUCCUUUCAAGGAAUUGCCAGAAGCUAUAUGUGAUCUAUAUUAUCCGGAAACUUUUGAUAUCAGUUAUUGUUCAAACCUUUGGUGCCUUCUUGAAAGGAUAGAAGACCUUGUAAACUUGAGGCACCUUUUCAAUUUUGAUACCUCUGAAUCACUUCAAAUGCCGCAAGGAUUCAAGAAGCUGAUAUCACUUUGUACUUUGACUGGGUUCAUUGCCAGGAACAACUCUAAUAAUUUGGCAAUUUUGAAGGACCUGAACCAACUGGAAAGAUUGGAUGUUUAUUUCGAGAAUGAAGUAGAUUUUGGGAGUGCAGAAUUUGGAAAGAAAAUUCACAUGCGUGAAAUGUCUUGUUGUUCAGCUCUAG